UGUAUUUCAAAUUAUGAUAACUGUAGGUUUUAUGUAUUUUUUAGUAAUGCCAAAUUUCUGCCUGCAAAGUAUAUCAGCAAAGGAAAUCUUUCAGAGGCGUACACGACUUUGUUACGGCCUAAAAUGGGACUUCAAAAUGUCAGCAUAACAACGUGAAAUCACACAGAUAUAUGUUAAUGUGGAGGAAAUUAAAGUAAACAUAUAAUAUAACUUCUAUAUCAACAAGACAAAUUGCUAAGACACUUUCCUUUUAUUUUAUUACUUCAAUCCAAACCAGGACAAAUUUCUCGAAUAUGUUUGGCCAUGAACGCUUCAUGUGUCAGUAAUUGGAUAGUACACGGUUUUUACUCGCACUGUAAUGAGACAGAUUCAGUUGAAUGGGUUUCUUUUGUCCAGCAUCAAAGAAAGGGGAAAAUAGGAUUAAAUUUGUAGUUGUUCUUGUUUACCACAAUUUAUCCCUCCUAUGAUAUUAAUCGCUGACUGAACUUCGUAUCGUAAAUUCGGCGUGUCCUUGUACUUAAGACAUCAGGCUUCCACUUUGCGCUCGUUCGAUUUUGCUAAUCAUUCAUGUUAUAAAGCAGACGGAAUUCGACUUUACUCAUUCAUUUUAACGUUAUAAAUUGCUUAAAGCAAUAUAAGUGUGCCGCAUGAACAGCUAAGCUGAGUAGAUUGGGAGAAGACAUGACAAUGAAAUAGCAUGUGGCAGGCCUCAUUUUCCCAACGGAAGUGAAGACAACAUUAGCUUGACUUUGUAUGUGAACUGUUUUAAAAAUUCACAUAAAGCAAUUUGUGAUUAUGUUAUUGACUGGGAAUAGUUGAAUCUUCAUGGAAAAUUGACGACCUUCACAUGAAAUAAGAUUCUGCUUUUAAAUAUUUGACGGUAUCAAGGCAUUAACUGUCAAUAUCACACACACACACACACACACAUAUUUAAAAGCGACUGCCGCGCAGUUCAAAGUUUCUUAGCCAAAUUGAAGGGAUUUUAGUUUUUUUUUUUUUCAAAUAAAGCAACAAGAUGUUAUGUGAAGUUCCGUUUUAUUUACACAGAAAGUGUAACAGUGAAAAAAAGUAAAAACGUAAAAACAAAUAAUUAUACCUGUACCUGAUUGAAGUUUGACUCUUCAAGAUUUAUGUCAAUUGCUAAUAUUUUUGGCUCUCAAUUGUCAUUCUUUCAUUUUACUUCAUUUCAGUGUUUUGGCUCAUCUCCUUGGCAUUAUCUUUCUGUCUUAAUACAAUUGCCAAGAUGAAAACUUGAGAAAAUGUUCUCAGCUGUUGAGAAAAAAAAACCACAUGCGAAAGGAUUUCUUUGUAGCGUCUUAAUUCCCUCGGCUCUCUAUUUAUGCUGUUCAUUACACAUGCCUGGUUUCUGUCAGAGGCAGGUGGUGUUUAAUGAGACACCAAGCAUAUCCGAUGCUAAUAGUUUCACAGACUUGGAAGCUUGAAAGGCCAUUUAUGAUAAUUAUGUUAAGUAUAAAGCUGUCGGCUUUUGCAUUUUCCUGUUAUGUUGUCUGCAUCUUCUCACGGAACGUGGUUCAGGACGUCGAACUGCCAAAGGGAGCAAUAUUUACCAGUGUCCAUACGGUAACAUAAAACAAAAACAUGUUCGACGAAAAUGCAACUUUGGUGUCGCUCAUCAAGAACUUCUCAGCUACCAAGGAAAACGCUGAAAACAAUACUCGUGGCUGUCCUGUAGGCGAUUCCACAGUUGAAACGGUCAUAAAAACCCUAGCCUAUUUCAUCAUUCUUAUUGUUUCGUUAGCUGGAAAUAUCUAUCUUAUCGUGGUUAUUCACAAGAACAAGCAGCUACGAAAGUCGAUCAACUACUUUGUUUUUAACAUGGCUGUGUCCGAUCUGUUCAACCCGUUGACCAUCAUGCCUACAACCAUUGCUUAUAUCAUUUCAGGCUCUGAAGCUUGGAAGGUUGACGGUCCGCCACUACUGGGAGACAUUUUGUGCAAACUUUCCUUCUUUCUUCCCGAUGUUUCACUUAUUGUUUCCAUCGAAAGCCUCUUGUUGAUAUCAAUGGACAGGUUCGUCGCCGUUGUCUUCCCGUUUAAGGCCAAACUCAUCACCCCAAAAAUUCGCCUCAUUUGCAUUGGUUGUUCGUGGAUAGUCGCCAUUGCAGUUCACGCGCCCUAUUUCUACAUUUUCAAACUGGUAAUAAAUCCCAACGAUAAUAAACCACAUUGCGUAUCGGAUUGGGGACCGGCAUUUGAUAAUGAAGAAACCCGCAAGAGAUUUCUCACAGCGACUUUCAUCAUUUUUUUUCUUGUUCCAGUUUGUUUGUUAGCCAUCGUGUAUGGCUUCAUUGCAUGGAGACUAAAAGCGCAGAGCAAAGAAACCGAGCAACGGUUGUCUUGUCGCCAACGGCUUCGCGAUCAGCAACACAAAAAAAUUAUCCGAAUGUCAGUGGCCAUAAUUAUUGCCUUCGCCGUUUGUACGUUUCCACUGAUUGUUUUCACGUUCUCUCUAAUUUUCCUGUGGAACUGGAACGCGCCACCCAUUUGUGCACUGGGCACUGCGAUUCCAUUCACGUGUCUCUUUAUGCUGCGUUUGUGGAGCGCGGUAAAUCCUUGUAUCUGUGUUAUCUUCAACAAGAAUUUCCGUAACGCUUUUAAACAAAUAUCAUUAAUUCGCAACAGCCGCAGGACAUCAGCGGGGGAUGGAAGCCGUCGCAUGCAAACUGGAACGACUUCAAUUUAUCUCAAACGUUUGUCGAAAGCGAGUCCAGUUUGACUCUGAUCGAUUGAAAUUCAUUUAACUAUCAGAGGCAUAAGAAAACAAUCGCCCCUUGGUCGAUCACAAUGUCUACCUUUACUACAAGUAGCAUUUAAGUGAAAUCCCAGUUUUCAUCUUUCAAGAAAUUUAUCGAAAUAGUUAAUAACUGUGUCGUUUCAUGAAUUACAAAUGAGGAGGAGGAGGAGGCGAGAAAAGAAGCCUGAUGGAUUUUUAAUUUCGGCUGGGCAUAAGUGAAAAAUUUGAAUCUGGCAUUGGUCAAUAUUUUGGGCAAGGGUUUUUUGUUCAAUUGUCAAGCCAACAAUUCCUGUGCAAAUACUACUAACAUCUACAGGCAUUUUAUGACACCAUUAAGCUCCCGUAUUUAACAUAUUUUAAUCAUAGCCUGAUAACGCAAAAAGAUCAUUAGAAUUGUGACUUUUGUGAGAAAAAAAAAAGCAGUCCUAGCCAAUAUUCUUAUCUUGAGCUAUUCUUAAUAUGUAUUAUCAUAGAUUAUUGAUAUAAUCAGCCAAAUUAUCUGAAUAAUUAUUUUAAAUUAAAUGGAAAUGUACGUAGUCUUUAUUCUCGAUCAGCUUCUAACACAUAUACCGUUUACGGAAGGUCAAAUUAUGGGAACGAUCACAAUGUCUACCUUUUACUACCAGUAGCAUUGAAGUGAAAUCCCAGUUUUCAUCUUUCAAGAAAUUUGUCGAAAUAGUUAAUAACUGUGGCGUUUCGUGAAUUGUAAAUAAGGAUGAGGAGGAGGCGGGAAAAGAAGCCUGAUGGAUUUUUAAUAUCGGCUGGGCAUUAGUGAGUAAUUUGGAUCUGGCAUUGGUCAAUAUUUUGGACAACUUAAGAGUUGUUUGUCCAAUUAUCAAGCCAAUAAUUCCUGUGCAAAUACUGUUAACAUCUUCAGGCAUUUUAUGACACCAUCAACCUCCUGUAUUUAACAUAUUUUAAUCAUAGUCUGAUAAAGCAAAAAGAUAGUUAGAAUUGUGACUUUUGUGGGAAAAAAGCCGUGUUAGCCAAUAUUCUUAUCUUAAACUAUUCUUAAUAUAUAUUAUCAUAGAUUAGUGAUAUAAUCAGCCGAAUGAUCUCAAUAAUUACUUUAAAUCAAAUGGAAAUGUACGUAGGCGUUAUUCUCGAUCAGCUUCUAACACAUAUACCGUUCACGGAAGGUCAAAUUAUGGAAAAUGUCCUUUAAAAUGUAAAGGAGCCCAGAUUUAGAACAAGGUAACCAAAGACUUGUAAAAAUGAUAAUAUCGAAUAAUGAUUUGAAGACGUUUUCUAAAGUUUUUGGUCAAAUCCACAUGUUUUCGGAGAUUACUCAAAUCCGCUUUAGCAUUAGUACAUUGACAAAUUGUAUCAACCUGCUGCACUUGAGAUGGUUUACUGAAAUAUGGAGAUCUUCCGAACAAAAAAAGCAACAAAAACACUCGGUAAAGCUCACUAAAACUUCCUGCCUUUAUUGGUUAUCUUUGGUACGUCCAUUUGUGUAAAUAAAGUAUAAUCAAUCAAUAAAUAAUAGUACAUGAUGAGAAAAUGAUAUUUAGCAAAAAUUCCAAUGAAGUGUAAACUUGCAACCAUUGGAUUUGUGGUUCCUUUACAACUUUGGCUAUGUUUAGUUUUGUAUCUUAAUUUUUUUAACAGCAGAACCAAGUCCUCCUGACAAUUUUGCAUCUUUAUUAUUGCUUCCUCAUGCUGUGUUAUGGAAAAACGAGGAAGCCCUGCGGUAAAAAAUCUGUCAAAGAUAUCCAAACUUGGCGAACAUUGAAUAGGAAGAUUAAUCUUGACCGUUGACGAUGUUAGGGUUGACUGAGUGUUUCGUGUGCUUAUUCGAACUGCGUGAUCAUCCAUGCUUUCAGGUUAAAUAAAAUUAGACCUACACACUAAAAGCAUCUUCAGUGGUCUUUUUAGUCACCCGACCGCACCUUUUUUUUGCUUUUUGUUUAGGCAAAUUGGCUGAUAGGGCUAACACUUAGAAAGCAGGCGUGCUUAGAGAUUAAAUUAUCG